AUGGAAUUCAAAAUCAGUCUCAGUAAUGGUGACUAUGAAAUGAUUUUUGAAAAAGCAGAUACCAUUGUAAUGUUUAAGAAGACAAUUGGCACAUGCAUGAGGAAAAUGGAGGGCGGGGACCGUAGAAAUAAACGAAGGAAGGAAAGACAUGAACAACCUAGUGGGUUUUCGAGAAGACCAGAUCCGGAGUCAGAUGAAGAUGAUGAUGAAAGAGAAAAAGAAAGGCGAAAAAGAAGUAUGGGAGGAGCAGCAAUUGCCCCACCUUCAUCACUUGUCGAAAAGGACAAAGAACUUAUUCCACCUUUCCAGUAUGAGGAUGAAUCCAGAUCUCGUAGUGCACCUAGCAAGGCUGCAAUUCCCCCUCCAAUUUAUGAAGAGCCUGAGAGACCACGAUCCCCACCUGGUCCCACCAACUCUUUCAUUGCAAAUAUGGGAGGCACGGUGGCACACAAAAUUAUGCAGAAAUAUGGCUUCCGCGAAGGGCAAGGCCUCGGGAAGCACGAACAAGGGUUGAGCACUGCACUGUCAGUGGAGAAGACAAGCAAACGAGGAGGAAAGAUUAUUGUCGGCGACAGUGCAGAAAAAGUAGAAAUGCCUGCCACCACCAAGAAAUCAGAAGCAAACCCAUUGACGGAGAUCUUGAAAAAUCCCACAAAAGUGGUCUUAUUACGGAACAUGGUGGGGGCUGGAGAAGUCGAUGAUGACCUGGAAGGUGAAACCAAGGAAGAGUGUGAAAAGUAUGGAAAAGUGUCCAAAUGUGUCAUAUUCGAGAUUCCUGGGGCACCGGAUGAUGAGGCAGUCAGGAUAUUUGUCGAAUUUGAGAGGGUAGAAUCUGCAAUUAAAGCUGUUGUUGACCUGAAUACAAGAUACUUCGGUGGCAGAGUGGUGAAGGCGUGUUUCUACAAUCUGGAUAAAUUCCGCCAGCUGGAUCUUGGUGACCUUUUCUAAAGACAUGAAUUGAAAACGUUACAUCACAACAACAUUCUGCAUACAGUGUAAACAUCCCCUAGGUGUGCAGUUGUGAAGGAUCGGAAGAAGAAUUGUAAUUAAUUCUGAAAUGAUACUACCAUCUUUAAUUGUAGCUGGCAUUAUAUUUUUCCUUUCUUCACGUCCUCAAGACCAGAUAUUGUUUCUUCCCAUGGAUGCACAGAGGGAUGGGUUUAACAUCAAAGUCACUCAGAAUUUCUGUUCACUGGCCAGUGUGACAUUUUUCCAAUAUGCUCAUUUCCUUUUGUUUGGGAGGACACUAGAGUUACUUUGUAGAAUUUUCCAUCAGAAUUUACUUUUGCCAAUUUCACUUGACUAAUAGUUGGAUGGUGACCUGAUCCAUAAACAAGUUGUAUUUUUAGAAAAUAUUUUCUUGCAUCAGCUUGAACUCUUGCGGAUCUUGUUGAAGUUGGUGGUGAUGACAGAGACAUUAUUAUUCUACCUGUUCAGUCACCCCUUCCCUUCAGCGACUAUUACUUGUGACAGAACUUGUAAAAUGUUAGACUUAUUCAGCUUUCAGUGAAAUGAUAUGAUUCUGAAGAAAAUAAUUAUACUGGAACUAUAAUUUGAUUACACAGUGUGCUCAUAAAAUAUCAGUAUCCAGUUGGAGGCAUUGCAGUUUCUUGCUUAGUUGUCAUUAUUUCUUCUUUUAUUUCAGAAUUCAUAUGCAACUGGUAUAUGAUUGUGUAUCUGUGUUGAUGAGAAGCAAGCUAGUAGCAGAAAAUCUUAAAUGAUUGGAAUAAUUUCUGUAAAUUACGUUGUGUUUUAGGUAUGACUAUUUGGAUCUUCAUCUUUUACCGGGGUUAUGAUGAACUGUUUUAUGGCCAUUUAUUACAGUUGUUCAGAGCUAAUGAAUGUACGUUUUUACACUGUGCAUGUGCUUUGUCUUGUAACAUCGUUGGAACAGAGAUGCUUAUUUGUUUUGUAUCAAAUUGAAGCAGUGAACAGCAGUCAUCACAAGAGCUGUUGAAAACCUGGAGGUAAAAUAGCAGUGAUAUAGGUCAUAUACAAGUUGCUGUUCAUAAACAGGAGAUUUUUAUAUGUGCUAAUUGGCAUAAGAAUGAAGAGCCUCUUAAUAAAGAAGGGUGUAAUCUUCACCACACUCCACUUUGCAUUAUGAAA